CCAAAAGUCCCAAUCGCAAUCUACAGCGAAGCUAGUCCAUUUUUCUAUUCAAUUAUUCAAUUUUAUUUGCUUUUCAAAUUUAAUCACUUUCCUCUCUCUCUCUGUUCUCCGGCCAAAUCCAAAAACCCUAACGAGCUCUGAUCAUUCAUCUGCAAGUUCGGCAGAAGCCCACUGAAUUUUGUGAAGAUUUUCGGGUCCAUUGUUAUUGUUUUGGAUAAAAUUUGUGAUUUGCAAAGCAUGAAAGAAGGGAAAUCAGUAAAAUUGAACGGUCAGCAGCAGCAGCCGCAGCCGCCGCAGCACCAGAACGGUCACUUGUCGCCGUUCAAAUUCGCCAAGUUGUUGGAUCCGGAAGCUUCCUGGGACAAGGAUCAAUUGGGAGAUGUCUUGCAUUGGAUUCGACAAGCAAUUGCCCUCGCAUGUGGGCUACUGUGGGGUGCAAUACCAUUGGUCGGAGGCAUAUGGUUCGUCAUUUUUUUGGUAAUAUCAACUGGAAUUAUAUAUGGCUACUACGCAAUGGUACUAAAGGUUGACGAAGAAGACUUUGGUGGUCAUGGAGCUCUCCUCCAAGAGGGGCUUUUCGCUUCCAUAACUCUUUUUCUGCUUGCCUGGAUUCUAGUAUACAGCUUGGGACACUUCUGAUUGGCUAUCUAUUCAAUAUCGCCGUCAUUUCCAUCCCCGGUGGUGUUCAGUUAUAGGACUUUGGUUACGAUGAGAAAGUUUCAUUAGAAGUCAUUAAGUCAGUACUGUUUGCUCGUUUCUUUAUGUUAAGCAACAUUAUGAGUUGGUGAAUCGGUGUUCCGGUCAAUGUUCCUUCAAAAACGUUCACGCAAUGUAGCAAUGUAUGGCAUGCAGAACUGACAAUCAAAAUUGUUUUGGUAGCCUCUAAUAAAAUUACCUGCAAUCAUUGUUCUUGUA